AUGGCGGAGGUGCUUAGUCGAUACAUAUCUAAACUACAAGAGAAAGCAAUGCGAAAAGGGGUCAGUGUUCACCAUGAUCUGGAGUCGAUCAAACACUCACAAUUCGUAGACGAUACUAGCCUCUUUGGCGAAGAAACUAUAUGGGAGGUGAGGGUCAUCAAAGAUUCUUUGGAAAUGUAUGCCAAUGUUGCUGGACAACAAAUAAAUGACAAGAAAUCUGAGAUUUUCUUCUUUAACACCAAAAAGGAUAUACAAGUAAAAAUCUCGAGGCUGCUUGGUUGGCUUGUUGGUUCCCUACCGAAAAAAUACCUAGGUGUACCGUUGUUCUCUGGUUCUGCCAAGACUGCAUUGUGGGAAGAUCUAAUCUCCAAAUAUAGGCAAAGGGUUGACGCUUGGAAGCAUAAAUGGCCAUCUCUUUCGGGGAGAAUACAAUUGAUUAAAGUUGUGUUGUCUACCAUGCCUAUUUAUGCAAUGUUUGUGUUAAAAUUAUCUUCCAAAGCUAUACAGGCUUUGGAAAGCUUUCUUAAAAAAUUCCUUUGGGAGGGAGCUAAACAGAUCAAGAUAAUUCCACUCAUCAGUUGGGAUGUAGCUUGUAGUUUGAAAGAGGAGGGUGGUGUUGGGCUCAGAGGGUUAGAACAUCAUAUUCUUGCAUUGGGUACGAAAUUGAUCUGGAAAAUAUAUCGAUGUCUCGAGAAACUAUGA